AUGGCUUCCCUAACCCCAGGCAUUCUGCUCAAAAUGCUGCAGGCCAUGAACACCAACACCCGCGUCACCGGCGACCACCGUUCCCCGCUCCUCCAGGUCAUCGGAAUCGUCCCCGCUCUCGCCGGCUCCGACCUUUGGUCCAACCAAGGCUUCUACCUCAACCUCUCCGAUUCCCUCAACUCCACUUACGUCCUCCUCUCCCAUCCCGACACUGACCUUAUCCUCUCCAACCGCCUCCAGCUCGGCCAGUUCGUUCACGUCGACCGUUUCCACUUUGACUCCCCCCUCCCCUCCGUCUCCGCCAUCCGCCCGCUUGCCGGCCGCCACCCCUUCCUUGGCACCCCCGAGCCCCUUGUCGCUCGAAUCUCCCCCUCCACGCGCCACUUCCUCAUCCAACCCCUUCCCGACUCUGACCACGAUCCCCUCUCCCUCUACCUCUCCAACACCAACACCAACACCAACACCAACACCACCCAACCCCAAAAACCUAACCCUAACCCUAACCCUGAAGAACCUAAACUCAAAGAACAAAAACCUAAAGAGAAAGAACGCGUCUCCCGAGAGCCUCUUGCGCCUCGCGACAACUUGCCUCCGCAGAGAUUCUCCUCGCCGGCCACUGCCAAGAGGUCGCAGUCCGCGUCCAGGAGUAAGACCGGUGCUGCGGCGGAGCGGGAUCCCUCUCCCGCUGGGAAGGGGAAGCGGUCGGCGUCUCCCGUGCCGUCUAAGUGCGUGGUUCCCAGUCUCGUUUCAGCGCGUGAGGACAACCGGAAGGUGUCCCGGGAGCCGGCGAUAAUUGUGCCGUCGAGAUACCGGCAAGCUUCUCCGAAUGGGAGGAAGCAGCCGUCUCCGAGUCCGCGGCGGGCGUCACUUUCUCCUGGGAGGAGGUUGUCCGGUGGGCUGAAGGUAUCGCCGGUGGUGGUGGACUCCGCUGCGAAGAAGAAGAUGGCCACCAUUGUCGCCGGGAUCUCGAAGGUCUCCGAUGCGCUCGUUGGGUCCAAGAGUGCGAGGAAGAAUUGGGAUGAGCAACCGCCGGCCACGCCUGUUGAAGCUGAACACAAAGAAAAGGGUGGUUCUAAGAAUAAGUUUGAUGCGCAAGCAAUUUUGCGUACUCAGGCAGCGAUGUCAAGGCGGUUGAGUGAUGUGAGUGGUCAGAAAACGGGUAGCAAUGAUUCUUCGAGCAGUGAGAAAACUAAAGCUUUAUCUCCUCAGAGUUGUGUCCUUGAGGAGAAAUCCAAUUUUGCAGCUAUGGGUAUCACCAUUCAUGAAAAGAAAUGGACCAAUGGAAGUGUUUCAUUAGACUCUGUGUCUGGAAACCUUGCCAGACUCGGAAAGGAAGCAAUGCAAAGAAAGGUUCUUGCUUCUACUGCUGCUGCUGAAGCACUAGAGGAGGCCAAUGCUACUGAAUGUAUUGUAAGAAAUUUAAGCAUGUUUGCAGACCUGUGCUCAGUGUGCCAGGCUAGAAAUCCUUUGCCAACCAUAGACAGAUUUUUCACUAUCUACGAUGAUGUUUUGAAAUCAACUGCCAUGGCUGAAGCCAUUGCCAACAGACUUAAUUCAGAGGCACCUGAUGAUAACAGCAUUCCAACGGAACAGUCAAAGUCACUCACUCUCUGGGUCGAAGCUGCCUUGGCCACUGAUCUACAGAUAGUAUCCCUUCUUACUGGCACCACCGCUGAUCCUUUAGCAACACUGCAGAAAAGCGUAUCAAAAAGACACUCUCUCGGUUCAACUAAGAACCAUGCGAAGGUUCCUUCAUCACCACCAUCCGGUCUGAAUGCUAGUGUGUGGACAAGAGGCAGUGGAAUGAAAGAGACUGUAGAGCUUGGAGCAAAUUUGCUUUCUGAAAUGCAAAUGUGGUUUCUACGUUUUGUUGAGGAGUCCCUUGAUGCAGGAUUUAAAGUGUUUGGAGAGUGUACAGCUGAUGGGAAAAAAACAUUGCCCCUGGAUGGUGGCUCCAUUGCUGUUGUUUUGUCACACUUGAAGCGUGUGAAUGCAUGGCUAGACCGUGUGGUUUCCAAAGGGGAUGACUCACUUACAGAUAAGAUUGAGAAAUUGAAGAGAAAGAUCUACGGAUUUGUUAUACAGCAUGUAGGAACGACUUUUGAUAAUUCUGCUUCAUGA